GAAGGGAACAGUGUAGCAAAGGACGCUCGCACUGGAGAGUGAUUUCUGUGCCAGCGCGUACUACUUCCCGUCUUACAUGUUAUCGCCGUUGCAAGGUGCUGACAGACGCCAACGUGCUGUUGGCGCUCACGCCAUGUAGUUAAAAAUGCGGGAAGUUGUACCUUCAUUAAUAAACAGACCAAUGUCAUCAAUACAUGGUAAAGUAUGUUAAAGUGCUGCUCCUGCCUUCUCAUGUGCAGGUCAUCGUUACUGCGCCAUGAGGUGACCUACCAGACUUGGCGCCAACAAUGAGAGUCCUCGAAGAGGUAUUCAAUGCCUCCAUGUUGCUCGUCACCACCGAAGUGUCUGGCGGCGGUGGUGCUUUCGGCGACACCAUCUCCGGAAACGAAAGUGUCGCCAACGUAACCACAAACGCAACCAACGACACAGGUGCCACCACCGACGGCUACCCCGCCUCACCUUACACCCUAGCCGAGGUCGUAGUGCUCGCCACUCUGUCUACUUUGGCCGCCGUCCUCACAAUUAUCGGCAACCUGAUGGUCAUGGUCUCGUUCAAUAUGGACAAGCAGCUGCGGACCAUCAGCAACUACUUCCUGCUCAGCCUUGCCGUCGCCGACUUCUCCAUCGGGGUCAUCUCUAUGCCCCUCAUGACCAUGUACAUCCUCUACGGCUACUGGCCCUUAGGAGCGGUCGCCUGCGACAUCUGGCUCGCCUUCGACUACAUGAACAGCAAUGCGUCGGUUCUCAACCUGCUCGUCAUCUGCUUUGACCGGUACUUUUCGGUGACGCGGCCGUUGACGUACCGAGCAAAUAGAACGCCGCAGAGAGCCGCCAUCAUGAUCGCCUUAGCAUGGAUCAUAUCCUUCCUGCUGUGGCCACCCUGGAUCUUCGCUUGGCCGUACAUAGAAGGCGAGCGCAUCGUUCCACAAGAACACUGCUACAUACAGUUUCUAAAGACCAAUCUCUACAUCACGUUCGGCACAGCCAUCGCAGCCUUCUACCUGCCGGUCUCGGUAAUGUGCGCGCUCUACUGGUGCAUCUGGCGCGAGAUGGACAAGCGCAAAAAGGACUUGGGCAAGCUUCAGGCAGAUCGGAGGAAGGGCGGCAGUACGCGGAAGUCCACAUCCAGCGACGGUACCCUCGAAUCUAAAGACUUCCGCAGCAGCGACUCUACCAAGUCGCGUACGACGACGACGUCGCAACUGCCUUCUUCGCUCAGCCUCACGAUGUCCAAGAGCUCGCUUCCGAAGGAGACGAAGACGCGCCAACUUCGCGAUUUCCUGCGAUCCUUGCCUCACGUCGGAAAUAGCAAACGAUACGACGACAACGCAAGUUAUGCAGGCUCGCCUGGUACCCACACGCCGCCCUCUGUCGAGACGUCGGUGGAGUCCGUUUCCACGUCGCUCCACGAGGUGCACCGGGUGGAGUUCAACUCAUCCGGGCGUCAGGAAAACGGUAACGAAUGUGGUGUGGUAAGCAUUCCUGCGUCUGGCCACGGCGGUCUUCCAUGUAACGAGAUGCUGGAGGAUGCCACGGUUGCCUUGCCGCCGGCAUCGCGUUCAUCCGACUCAGUCUACACGAUACCGAUUGAACCAGUGGCGCAGCCAUCACUACAAGAAGAGCCAGCGCAGACCUGCGCUUCUCCCACCGUCGAGGAGGACACAGAGAAGCCCAACCCAGGCAGAAUGCCGUCUUCAGAGAAGGCGGCGGCACCUGAGGACUUAGCGACAGCCAAACAGAUAGCAGACACCGGCUUGGAAUCCAUUAGGAAACCGCUCACGACCAGCGUGGUCCAACCCCAGCUGGUGGUCGCCAAGCAGCCGCCCAUCCAAUGCAGGAAGAAAGCGAAGCAACAGGACAAGAAGCAAGACCAAAAAGCUGCCAAGACGCUCAGCGCCGUCCUGCUGGCCUUCAUCAUCACCUGGACGCCGUACCACGUGCUGGUGCUCGUCAAGACCAUGUCUUCCAGCGACGACGCUAUUCCGGUGCACCUGUGGAACUUUAGCUACUACCUCUGCUACAUCAACAGCACGGUGAACCCCUUGUGUUACGCGCUGUGCAACGCCAACUUCCGCCGGACGUAUAUCCGCAUUCUGACUUGCAAGUGGCGUAACAGGUGGCCGACCGCUGUCACCCGACACUCCAACAGUGCUGCAACUCUUGCGCAACUCGAAAACAGUCAAUGCGGCAGCUCUUCAUAUCGAACUGCCCUUUAGCAUCACUUGUGCAUGUGGUAACUGCAACAUCAGUGUCAUUUUCCCUGUCUUACCACGGCUAUCAGUAUGGGAACUUUUGAAGAAACCUGACUUGCACCUCUCCUCAAGCCCGCAUUAGUUGAAGAACUUCUUGCGUCGAUACGGCUGCCGUGCUUUCAAGCACAGGAGUAUUUAUAGGACUGUCAGCCGGCGGCCAGUCCUGGGCGGCUUGGACGGAGAUCGAUACUGUUCAUCGGAGGGAGUCUUUAAACACAAUCAGCACCGAGCGCAGUGUUUCGUGCAACCUAUGUGCUUACGUGUCUGUUUUGUAUUGCUGUGCGAAGCGUGUGGUGCUUGCAUUAGGACUUCCUGCAUUUCUUUACACUGUGUGACUCUUUGCUAGAAGGCGUUCUGCGGAGGAGUGUGACAACACGCACCGCGAUGGACCGAUGGACAUUGUUCCGUCUAAAGACGCAUCACG